AUGCGCAGAUGCAAUAUCAUUCCUCCCCCACGUGGCCGAGACGCCCAUGUGCCCACACCCCAGGUUCCUCCUCAAAAGGUGCACAUCUGGACUAUGGGUUAUGCAAUGUCUCGAACAGUCACACAGCUUGGCUCCACAGGCGGCGCUACACCACAGCAAAGAUAUGUUGAAGGGAUGGUGCAACCCUGUCUCGCUGGAGCCCUUAUCCGUGCUUUGACAUAUCUCGAACCAACAACUGCCGGCCCUGGCAGAUCUAGCCAUCAGGUCGGUGCAGAGAUGCCUGUAUUCCUGCAGGAGCGUUGCCUGCAGCAAGUCACUGGCGCGUAG